AUGGCUACUAGUGUUUAUUUGUCCGAGACUCCCCCAUCAAAGCGCCGAAAGGUCCGAAAAGGGACUCGAAGCUGCUGGGAAUGCCGACGGCGAAAGGAAAAGUGCACCUUCGGCUCAUCCACGGACAUCUGCAUCAAAUGCCAUCGCCGUGGUACAAAAUGUGUCGGUCAAGAAUUUCCAGAAGAUACCUCAGAACCUUUGGAUCACAGCUUUCAAGUGGGAGAUCAAGUGACGAGAGAGGAAGCUUCAGUUGAUCGGCUGUGCAGGGAGCGUGGCAAUGAUCCGGAGACUUCUGCACAACCUGGGAGAACGUUGACUCGCAAUGUCCAAACACCCCGUCCAGCUCCACUCCUUACUUCUUAUCUCUCCCCUGUAUCCAUAGCCCCAGUAGAGAAGGAAACAGCUGGAUUUGAAAUCCUCCAAGGCAACUCAAAACAAACCCGUUACUUACCAAAGCCGACAUCGAGACUCACAGAGUUGUCUCACAAUCUAUAUCAACUCCUACCUUCCAGCGAGGAUGCUGCCCGGAUCAUUGAAUCAUGUGGCAGCAUCUCCACUCUCUUCUAUCAAAUGAACGUCACUUCUUACGGUGAACUCGAUCGCGAUGGGUCUAAGUCCCCCCAAGUUCUUUUUGAACGACCUGAGUCAACCAAGCACCCUACCCUGAUAGCGAGAUAUAUGCUCUAUAUCGCAAAUCUCCUGCAGCACCUGCACCCAGCCUCGCAUCCGAGGUUAUACGAACUCUCGGAGUUGCCCCACCAGAUCACAGAUCGACUAACAAAAAGUGCUUGCAGCCUUGUGAUUACCAACGAUGACCUAGUCACUUGUGUCGAAGGAGUUGAAUGCAUGAUGAUCCAGAGCUGGUUUCAGGUGAACGGCGGCAAUCUGAGAAAAGCUUUGAUCACAGUACGUCGAGCGAUCACUAUUGCGCAACUCAUGAACUUCCAUCGACCCGGCGAUCACACCAAGUGCAAAUUUGUCGAUUCGAAAACUAAGGUUCACCCACAAUUCUUAUGGUUCCGAUGCGUAUCGCUCGAACGCCACAUAUGCAUGAUGCUGGGCCUUCCUCAGGCAACACUUGACCGCAGCAUGGCCUCGAGAGAGCACUUCGAGAGUGACAUACCGAUGGGACGUCUUGAGCGAAGACAUUGUGUUAUCGCCUCGCGCAUUCUCGAGCGCAACAGUUCCAAUCAAUCUUUCCACAACUACUCCUUGACUCGGGAGAUAGAUAGAGACCUGCAAAAAGCAGCGGCGGAGUUGCCAUGCAGAUGGUGGCUCGCCGCGGAUUUGGCUAUCGUUCGAGAUCAACCAGAUGCUCUUUUUUGGGAAAUGAGACGACUCUUUCAUCAACUGUAUCAUUACAACCUGCUGGUACAGCUGCAUUUGCCUUACAUGGUCAACUCGUCAACAGAUCCGAACUUUUACUAUUCACGCAUUGCUUGUGUGAAUGCAGCUCGUGAAGUGCUCGUUCGAUUCCUCGCAUUCCGCAACUUCAACCAAUUUGCGUUCUCCUGCCGGACAUACGAUUUCUUCGGUUUGAUGGCAGGUAUGACUUUACUUAUUGCUCAUCUUGAGGAACAUCGGCGCAGCGCAGUUACCCGUGACUUGUUGAUAGGGCAGCCCACGAUGACCCCAGACAAUUUGCUGGCCCAUCAACGACCGGGUGACCGUGCGCUGGUUGAGCAAAUCCAAGAGAGCAUGGAGCAAGCCAGUCGAAUAGAUGACGACAUUUUGAGAACAGAAUCCUCAGAUUUGUUAAAUCGCUUGAUGAAGAUCGAAGAUAUGGCAAUGGAUAAGAAUAGCUCCUUCUCGAAAAACCCACCCGGCCACGCAGCAUCAGAGCUCCAAAAGGUUGAAGCCGAUCCCAUCCAUCUUCAAGUCCCACAUUUGGGUGCCAUUCAGGUCACAAGCAACGGCGUUAUCUCCAAAUUUUCCAACUCUCGGAUCAGCUCCAAAGAUCUUGAUCAGGCCGGACCUAAUUCCACUGUGGAUGACGCGGGUGAUCAGGCUCGCAGCUCCAAUCACCUCGAUGCAACUUCGCACCCUGCGGUCACCAACUCUGGUGGCUUGGAUGAUUUUUCACAUUCAGAAUCUUCCACUCAGCUCGCCAAUGAUCUUUAUGGUCAAGUCGCAACGCCUUCUAUAUCUCAGUGUUCGAAUUUCACGGAUGGGUUCUCAAUGAUGGGAGGUGGUGAUCAUCUACCCACAGAUGGCAUUGACGAUUGGAUACUUCAGGGAGUCGAUGUUGCCUUUUUCGAUAAUUUAAUGAGGUGGAGUGGAGAUGGUGGUAGCUGUGACGAGUAG